AUGACUUCAAAUGAGACGGACGUUUACGCUGAAAAUAUGUUUCUCUGUUUUCCACACCUGCCAAACUCCUGUCCGAAAUCACAACGUUUUGUUGUGGUCAAACUGGCAAUGUAUGUUUGCCUGUUGCUGAUGAUCCUCACCACUGUUUUCGGGAACCUGCUGAUCAUCAUCUCCAUCUCUCACUUCAAACAUCUGCAGUCUCCAACUCAUCUGAUCGUUCGCUCUCUGGCUGCCAGUGAUUGUCUGCUGGGCUCUUUGGUCAUGCCGUACAGCAUGGUGCGAUCUGUUGAAGGCUGCUGGUAUCUGGGAGAUGUUGUGUGUAAAGUUCAUUCUAGUUUGGACAUGACUUUCUGUAUCUCAUCUUUACUGCAUCUCGGUUUAGUAUCUAUUGACAGGUACUGGGCCAUUUGUGACCCUCUAAGAUACAGAAUAAGGGUCACAAACACCACUGUCACUUUAUAUACUAUCUUCAUAUGGCUGUUUUCAUUUCUCUACAGCUUUGUUAUUGUCUUUUCAGGUGUAAACAGAAUUGGUUUGGAGACUUUUAUCAUGCAGGUUUACUGUGUGGGAAGUUGUGUUCUGUUUUUUAACAAAGAGUGGGGUCUUAUAUGUCCAGUCCUCACAUUCUUCAUUCCUGGGGCCAUCAUGAGCUCUCUGUAUAUGAAAAUCUUCCAUGUUGCACGAAAACAUGCAAAGGUUAUGUCAGAAAGAGUGACUGGAGGGUUGAAGAGCCAAAGCUCUGCUCAAAGAGAGAGAAAAGCAGCUAAAACUCUGGCCAUUGUCAUGGGGGUCUUCUUGCUAUGUUGGACGCCUAUUUUUAUCGCUUCAAUUAUAGACUCUUUUCUUAAUUUUGUAACCCCUGCCGGUGUUUUUGAUGCCUUGAUUUGGUUCGGAUACUUUAAUUCCACUUGCAACCCAUUGAUCUAUGGAUUUUUCUACUCUUGCUUUCAAAAGGCCUUCAAAAUUCUACUUUCAUCUCUUUUUCUUGGCUUUGGUAACUCAAGCACCUUGACAUUCGAAUAA